CAUACUACUCUGCAUUUUGGCGUAUCUACACUGCUGGCUAUGCAGCAUCAGUGACUUCACUCAUUACAGCUCUAAUUGUCUUUGCUGCCUUCAGAAAAUUCCACUGUACACGGAAUUACAUCCAUAUGCACCUGUUUGUCUCCUUUAUCCUGAGAGCAAUUGCGGUUUUCACCAAAGAUGCUGUUUUGUUUGCAGAUGAAACUAUGGACCACUGCCUAAUGUCAACGGUUGCUUGUAAGGCUGCUGUGGCAUUCUUCCAGUUCAGUAUUUUAGCCAAUUUCUUCUGGCUUCUUAUAGAAGGGAUAUACCUGCAAACUCUGCUUUUGCUGACCUUUGUUUCGGACAAGCAGUAUGUGUGGUGGUUCGUAUUUACUGGCUGGGGAGCUCCCACUGCUGUGAUGUUUGCUUGGAUCCUCACAAGAAUCCAUCAACAAAAUACUGGAUGUUGGGACGAUGAUGAAAAUGGAGUGGUGCUAUGGAUCAUCAAAGGCCCCAUUCUGCUAAGUGUAUUAAUUAACUUUAUUAUAUUUAUUAAUGUGAUCAGAAUUCUAGUCCAUAAAUUGAAAUCUCAAGAUGGAGGGGGGAGCCAUCCAAGCCACUUUGUGAGACUUGCUAAAUCCACGUUACUCUUAAUCCCCCUCUUUGGAGUGCACUACAUUGUAUUUGCAUUUUUCCCAGAAAGCACUGGACUGGAAGCUCGCCUUUAUAUUGAGCUGGGCUUGGGCUCUUUUCAGGGUUUUGUUGUUGCUCUUCUGUAUUGCUUCUCAAAUGCAGAGGUUCAAAGUGAACUGAAGAAACAACUGUGCAAAUGGCAGUAUCAAGAGUACCUGAACUUCACACAUAAACACAGGACUUUGUCCAGAGAAAACAGUCCAGUCAACUAUGUCACUCAGUUAUCACUGCUUGAAAAAAUUAGUCCAAAAAGGAAAACUUCUGUAUACCAGAAUGUCAUAACUUCUGUCUGAGCUUUUCUAGCAGG